GGCCCCGUCCGCAAGGCCGCGGGGAGGGAUCGACGGGGGGAGGAGCUGCCUUGACUUGCAGGUAACUGCGCCCCUGUCGGGCGUGCUGUGGCCCCGCCUGGCGCCCACUCUGUUGCUUCCUGGCGCGCACUCGUGAAGUAGGGGCGCGGCGAACGCCUCUGCCCAGCCUGGGCUCCUGCCAGGACUCCGCGUGAGUCUGCCGCGUCCUGCCUGCCCCGGCCCGGCCAGCCUCAGGACGCCCCGUGGACCCGGGGGUUGCGGGGUCGUGGGCACUCGGCGCGCCGAGGCACGCCGCCUUUGGGCCCGGCCGCUACUGCUGGCUUCAAACGCAGACCCGGAGCUCGAGGACGCAGGUGUCCAGUUUCCUUUGACCUUGAGGACCCGGGAAGGUUCUAUGCGCCAUGGCUAUGACUAGUGUCAGAUUGCCUGCCAGCGUUUUGAGAAAGCCAGAUGCCUGGAUUGGACUCUGGGGAGCACUACAAGGGACACCUUCGUACAAACUCUGUGCUUCCUGGAAUCGAUACUUAUAUUUUUCUAGUACCAAGUUAAACACAUCAAAUUGUAAAACAUUUUUCCAUAACGUUUUCUCACGGAGACUCCCCAGGCUUUUCAUAUCCCCAGAAUAUAUUUUCCCAUUUUCCAUAAGACUCAAAAGUAAUAUAGGCUCUAAAAAAUCCACUGAAAAGACUCUGCAGAAAGCCGCAGCUGAAGAGGACUCUGAUGAGGAGAGCCACGGCGAGAUGAGUGAGCGGGAGGAGGAGCUGGAGGACGACCCUAGUGUGGUCAGAGACUAUAAAGACCUGGAGAAAGUAGUGCAGUCUUUUCGGUACGAUGUUAUCCUAAAGACAGGCCUAGAUGUUGGAAGAAACAAAGUGGAAGAUGCGUUCUACAAAGGCGAACUCAGGCUGAAUGGGGAAAAAUUAUGGAAGAAAAGCAGAACGGUGAAAGUGGGAGAUACAUUGGAUCUUCUAAUUGGAGAGGAUAAAGAAGCAGAAACAGAGACAGUGAUGAGGGUUCUCCUGAAAAAAGUGUUGGGAGAGAAAACUGAAAGCGAGAAGUACAGAGUGGUGUUACGCCGGUGGAAAAAGUUAAAGUUGCCUAAAAAGAGUAUGUCUAAAUAAAUGAAUUGCUUUCUAUCAAUAAAGCUACUUUCGAGUGAUGGGGGAAAGGGCCAGCUUAAAAAGAGGGCAUUUUUAUUAAAGUUCUCUUGCCCUUAGUGGAAACUGCUGAGCUGUUUUGUGGAAAUUGGGAUCCAUAGCUUGGAGACACUUCCCAUGGCCUGGAUUCCUCUCCAGGGCUUGAUUUGUGCUCAUUUUGACCUCGUUUUAGCCUCAUGAGCAUGAAUGAGAUGUGUGCUGAAUGAAUUAAGCCCAGAGAGGGUUUUAAUGACUAGCCUGCUGUUCCCACAUUAAAUACGUCGGGAGUCCAUGUAAAAUAAACGGGCCUUGUUGUUUGUGCUUUCAUUUCCAUUUUAUCCCUUUUGGCCAGCUUCCCUGGGUGCAGGCUUCUUAAGGCAAAAUCAAGUAAUGUCAAGGUCACCCUUCAUAUCCUCGAGGGAGAACACUGGGGGACCCCCUUUCACCACCAGCCCUUCUGAAUUACCAACGUGUGAGCUUUAAUUCCCUUCAGAGGUUUGCCUUCAGAAGUAUGGAUAAGUUGUUCUAACUCCUUCUAAAGGGGCUAGUUAGGGCCCAUCUAAAAUUAAUUGUUUAGGUCAGGGGCAGCCAGAGGCCUUUUUAUGGCACUCAGGAAUGGUUUUUACAUUUUUAAAGCACUGUUAAAAGAAGGAAGGAAUAUAUCACAGAGACCUUAUGUAGCCCACGAAACUUAAAGUAUUUACUAUCUGACCUUUGACAGAAGAAUAUGUGAUGACCCUUCCCCCCUGCCCCAGUAAGCCGAGGGUUUGAUUUUCAGAUGAAAGUUGUUUUUAGUAGUAGGUUUCAGCUGAAACAGAUUUUACCAAUGAAGAGAACAAAGAAUCAGAGAAUCUAGUUCUCAAGAAGGUGUCAUAAAAGGGGCCAAGCCUUAAAAAAAAAAAAAAAUACAUUAUUAGAAGGGACACAGGGGCCCCUUGGUGGCUCAGUUGGUUGAGUGUCCGACUCUUGAUUUCAGCUCAGGUCGUGAUCCCAGGGUCAUGAGUGGAGCCUGCCCCACUCCCUCUCCCUCUGCCCCCCUCUCUAAAAUAAACAUUUUUAAAAUGUUUAAAAACUACAAGGGAUACAUACGUCAUACACAUGAUCUAAGAAAAGGGCAUCUGCAGAAAUACUAGUUUGUAGUCUUCCAGGAACAGUUUCCUGGCAUCAGAAGGUCAGCUCACUUAGAGACUUUAUUAGACUGUGUCAUGUAAAAGAGACUGGCUGUGUCUGGGUCUUUUUAUUUGCCCUCCAGGAAUUCUUAGGAAUUCAGGUUAACUGACAGUGAAGAGACACCUCUGUGGCCCAAAACAGUGGGAUGUUUGGGCCCAUGAGUCUGGAAGUCUUUACCACCUUGGAUUUCUGAAGACUCAGGAAAAUUGAUUUUUAUUUGAAAGCUCAAGUAAGCUCUCAGGAAGAAAUAUUACAUACUGUCCAGUGUAAUAGGGAAUUUUCCUAUCUUACCACUUGUUAACUGGACUUUGCUGACUUAUUAGUAAAAACAUGUUCAAUUUCAACAUGAGUUAUGAAUUGUAAUUUAAGAGAUAAAUGUCCAUAGUUUUUCCCAUUUCCUUUACCUCUCUCUGUCCCUGUCUCCCUCUCCCUCUCUUCUCCAGACUUCUCUUGGGAAAGUUCUAGAUAUAGAAAGCCUAAUUAGUAUGGUGCAAGGCGGCAUGAUCUUGUGAUGUGUCAGGGGUCCUGGUUUUUAGGCUCAGCCUUAUCAUCAGCAAGUUGGGUUACCUUGGUCGUAGGUUGACCUUAGUCUCUCAGAGCUUCAGCCUCCUCAUUGGUCAAAUAAGGAUCAGGAUACUAACUGCCUUACCUUGUCCUGUGUUCGAAUGAGGGAGAAAGUCAAGAUGCGUUGUAUGAGGUAAGAGGAGUUGCUGCAAGCUACACAGUGGGAAGAGCCACUCACUAGCGAGGCUUUUAGAAGCCCUGUGGGUAAUUACCAUCUCACGCAGCUGCUUGCAGUGUUUGGUUCACUCCAGACGGUCUCUGUUUUAAAAAAUCAAACUAAGAAACGAAAAAAAACCUGAUGGGAGAAUGUUGGUUUCGUGACAACACGUGGCAAAAGCUGAUCUCUCGCCGCUGUCUGCAGUACAAGGGACUUGAAACAUAUCUAUGAAAUCGCAGAAACAAAAGCAGUUUGUAAAGAUUUGUAGAACUCUUGCAAGUUCACUCCAUACUUGACCCCAAAUGACGGUUGCUUUAUAGUGCUACCCUGGCAAGGCCUCCUCAGUGAAAAUUAAAGAAAAUUUUAAAAGACUAUGAUGAAAGGAUUAAAGAUGUGUAUGUUUCCACUGCAAUGGUUCUCGACCAGGGUAUCCCCCCCACCCCCACCCCCGGGGACAUUUGGCACUGUCUAGAGAUGUUGGGGAGGGGGCGAUAAGGGCAUCGAGUGGAUAGAGACCAGUGAUGCCUCUAAACCCCCACAGUGUGUAGGACACCCUCACAACAGAGUUGUCUGACCCCAACUGUCGGGAGAGAUGAGCUCAAGACACCUGCUCUCAUGGGAUGACAAGGAAGAAUUUUUUUUUUUUUUUUAAGUUAUGACUAUUUUGGUGGAGGCUGAUCUAGCGCUUAUACCAGUAGUGAUGGUUAAUUCUUUCAAAGAAAUGGCACUCCUUUAGGAAAUAUGAUGCUAAUUGCAUUUCUCUGCCAGACAGCAUUCACGGUCUUUCCCGGAAAAUUACAUAGAUGGCCAGGCAAU